UUCAUAUACAAAAAUGGCAACGAAACGCAAAUCCGAAAGUCAGUUACCAACAGAGGAAAGCGAUAUCCUUCAAAUUCGUCCCCUAGGUGCUGGCCAAGAAGUUGGUAGAUCAUGUCAUCUUUUGGAAUUCAAAGGGAAAAAAAUUUUGUUGGACUGUGGCAUUCACCCUGGAAUGACUGGGAUGGCAUCCUUACCAUAUUUGGAUAUGAUAGAACCUGAAGAAAUAGAUCUCUUGUUGAUAAGCCACUUUCAUCUUGAUCACUGUGGUGGACUUCCAUAUUUUCUCCAGAAAACUGCAUUUAAGGGCAGAUGUUUUAUGACCCAUGCAACUAAAGCAAUUUACAGGUGGCUUUUGUCUGACUAUGUUAAAGUCAGUAAUAUUGCAUCUGAUGAUCAGCUGUAUACAGAUAGUGACAUAGAGAAGAGUAUGGAGAAAAUUGAAACAGUUAACUUUCAUCAGGAAACGGAUGUGAAUGGUGUAAGGUUCUGGUGUUACACAGCUGGACAUGUCCUAGGUGCAGCAAUGUUUAUGAUUGAAAUAGCUGGCGUCAAGAUAUUGUAUACUGGGGACUACUCUAGACAAGAAGACAGACAUCUUAUGUGUGCUGAAAUGCCCAAUGUGAAGCCAGAUAUUGUUAUUAUAGAAUCCACAUAUGGCACACAUAUUCAUGAAAACAGAGAUGAAAGGGAGCACAGGUUCACCAGCUUGGUCCAUGAUAUUGUCAACAGAGGUGGUCGCUGUUUAAUCCCUGCAUUUGCUCUUGGUCGUGCUCAGGAGUUGUUACUCAUUCUUGAUGAGUAUUGGAGCAAUCACCCAGAGCUUCAUGAUAUUCCUAUCUACUACGCCUCACAGCUGGCUAAGAAGUGUAUGAGUGUUUACCAGACUUACAUCAAUGCUAUGAAUGAGAAGAUACGCAGACAGAUCACAAUCAGCAACCCGUUUGUCUUCAAGCAUAUUAUAAAUCUUAAGAACAUGGAGCAGUUUGAAGACAUUGGUCCAUCAGUUGUAUUGGCCAGUCCUGGUAUGAUGCAGAGUGGUCUGUCUAGAGAGUUGUUUGAGUCUUGGUGUACUGACAAAAGAAAUGGGUGUAUCAUAGCAGGCUACUGUGUAGAAGGAACAUUAGCCAAGCACAUUCUGUCUGAGCCAAAUGAAAUAGUCACACAGAGUGGUCAGAAGCUGCCACUGAAGUGCUCAGUUGAUUAUAUUUCUUUCUCGGCUCAUGCUGAUUACAAGCAGACGUCAGAAUUUCUUAGGGAACUUAAGCCAGCCCAUGUGGUCCUGGUCCAUGGUGAAGUGAAUGAGAUGGCAAGGUUGAAGUCAGCAUUAUUAAGAGAAUAUGAAGAUGACACUGAGUACAAGAUGGAAGUACAUAAUCCCCGUAACACAGUCCCAAUAGAACUUCAUUUUAGAGGAGAGAAAAUUGCAAAAGUUGUAGGUGAACUAGCCUCGGAACCCCCCAAACAUGGGCACAAAGUUUCUGGAAUCCUAGUCAAAAGAAAUUUUAAUUAUCACAUAGUAUCACCAAAAGAUUUAAAAAGUUAUACAGAUCUGGCAAUGAGCACCAUUUCUCAGAAGAUGAGUGUGACAUUCUCUGGUACAGCUAGCUUACUGACCUACUACUUGAACCAGUUGGCUGGUGACCUUGAGUACCUGAAGUCUAGUCCCAACAUUGUCCUCAAAGUUUUCAACUGUGUUACAGUUAGAUUAGAGUCAGGAAUUGCUUAUAUUGAGUGGACAGCCAGCCCAGUGUCAGAUAUGUAUGCAGACGCUGUGAUUGCUGUAAUACUGAGGGCAGAACAUGAACAAUUACCUUCUAAGCAUGUUUUAGUCCCACCCAUGAAAGUGGACAAAGCCCAUUUCCAAGAAUGUCUCUUUGAAACAUUGGCGGACAUGUUUGGACCUGAGUGUACAGGGAAGGUGUUUGAAAGAGAUCGACUGACCAUUACUGUGGAUGAUAAAACAGCAGUCAUCAAUUUAGACAAACUGGAAGUUAAAUGUUCCGAUGAAAGCCUUCAACAAGUUUUACAUACGGCUGUGGUCAGACUUCAUCAAGCAAUCAAUCCCAUCAAAUUCUAAUGUUUUUGUUUUGAAAGUGUAUAUUUGUGUACAGUGCAUUGCUUUUUGUUAUCAUGGAUCUGUAUCAGUUGUAUACUAAGGCCAUACUUUGCUUGUAUGUUCCACAAGUCUCUUCAGAAGAGAUUUUUAAAACUAGUCUCAACAAAACUUGAAGCUGAUGACCUACAGAACAGUUGAUGAUUUCAUGCUAGAAGUACAACAAUGUGAAAAAUCUUUAUCACAUUUGGAAACUAAAAUUACUGAAGUACUAAAAUUACUUUAAAAAAGGAUUGUUAUGCAGAUUAAAAAAAUGUACAUGGGCAGUUGUUUUUUGAUCCAGUUGCAGAUCUAGUUUUGAGAAGAGUGUAAGUAAAUUAGAAGUAUUGUCUUGCUUGUUGCUACACAGUAGAAGAAAGUCUUGUUAGCGAAGAAAUAAACCUUUCUGUGGAUAGGUUGCCUGGUGCUACACAGUAGAAGAAAGUCUUGUUAGCGAAGAAAUAAACCUUUCUGUGGAUAGGUUGCCUGGUGCUAGACAGUAGAAGAAAGUCUUGUAAGGGAAGAAAUAAACCUUUCUGUGGAUAGGUUGCCUGGUGCUAGACAGUAGAAGAAAGUCUUGUUAGUGAAGAAAUAAACCUUUCUGUGGAUAGGUUGCCUGGUGCUAGACAGUAGAAGAAAGUCUUGUUAGUGAAGAAAUAAACCUUUCUGUGGAUAGGUUGCCUGGUGCUACACAGUAGAAGAAAGUCUUGUUAGUGAAGAAAUAAACCUUUCUGUGGAUAGGUUGCCUGGUGCUACACAUUAGAAGAAAGUCUUGUUAGCGAAGAAAUAAACCUUUCUGUGGGUAGGUUGCCUGGUGCUACAUCCAUGACAAUUAUCACCAUGUCAUGUUUCACUAGUAUGGCUAUUGUUUAUACAAAGUUGCAUAGUUUUAUCAAAACUAUCCUGUUAGUUUUCAUAACUUUGAAAUCAUUUGAUAUUGUUUUGAGAACUUUUCAAAGACCUAUUACUCCAUUAUCCUAUUUUGCUGACUUUUCAUUUUUUGGACAAUCAUCACCAAGAAUUAGUUUUAGAGGAUUCUCAAACUUUAUAUACCUGUAAUAAGUAACAUUUUCAAAAGUCGGUUGAAAGGUUAAGUUUUCAUAAAGUGUUCUUCAAAGGUACAUAGAUGGCUUGUGGCUGAAAGGUUUUGUACAAUCUAAAUGUGUGUCUGAAAGUGGUAUGAAGUUGUGGCUCUCAAAGUAGCUGCAUGCGGAAGUUUACAGUUUUAAGGGUUGAGUUCAAAUCUUGUUUAACAUUUGUAUAUGCUUUUUAUGCUCAGUGACACAUUAAUUAUGCAUAUAUUAUUAUUAUUUUCUUUGAUGUGAACCAUUAUGAAUGUAUAGUAUUGACAUGUCUGCAAUAAAUUAUGAAAUGUUUUGUAAUAUAACAUUUUAAAA